AUGCCAACAGCGGCGACCAGUUCGUCCGAUGUGACGAAUCUGGGGCAUAGUCAGACGUUCAAGAGGAUCGCCACAAAAGUGAGUGUUUCUCUGCGUUUUGUAUGAAAAUCGUUUCAGUUUUCAGUAUUUUCUGUCAUGCACAGCAGCGCUGGUUGCCGAAACAGUCACCUAUCCACUGGAUAUCACGAAGACGAGGCUGCAGAUCGCAAAAAACAAAUUUACGCGAGGAGGUACCAUCAAAAACUUGAAAUUUUCCUAAAUUUUCCUUCAGGCAUGAUGCAAGUGACGUAUGAUAUCAUCCGGAGAGAAGGCGCAAUGGCGCUCUGGACAGGGGUUGCUCCGGCCAUUACAAGGCACUACAUCUACACGGGAAUCCGCAUGGGAGCCUACGAACAGAUUCGUCUGCUCACAUUUGACACAGAGGUUUCAUUUUUUGCUCUCAAAGUUUAAGAAACCGAUCAUCUUCCUUUUGCAGCACGAAAAGUCGUUCCCGCUGUGGAAAUCAAUGCUAUGUGGCGCUUUCUCCGGGCUCAUUGCCCAGUUCGCCGCGAGUCCGACCGAUUUGGUCAAAGUGCAAAUGCAAAUGGAAGGGCUCCGACGUCUUCAGAAGCAGCCGCUGCGGUAUAGCGGAGGAAUCGAUUGCUUCAGAUCGCUCUACAGGACACAAGGAUUCUUCGGCUUGUGGAUCGGUUGGAUGCCCAAUUGCCAACGUGCCGCACUUCUGAACAUGGCCGACAUUGCCACAUAUGACAAUGUAAAGCAUGGGCUCAUUGACAAUCUCGAAAUGAAGGUUGCAAAAUAGGAAAAUAUUAAAAUUCACACACUUUUUUUCAGGAUAAUUGGCUAACUCACGCGAUCGCCAGUUCGUGUGCCGGACUCGCCGCGGCCAUCGUUUCGCUACCGUCCGACGUCGUCAAAACACGCAUGAUGGAUCAGAUUCGACACGAACUCGACGCCAAAAUGUAAUUCUUAAGAAUCAAGUAUUGUGUUAUAAACACGUUCACAUUUACAGGAUGCGCAAAAAGAAUACACACGUGGUAAUGUACAACGGCGUCAUCGACUGCUACAUCAAGAUCAUACGGAACGAGGGAUUCUUCUCACUCUACAAGGGAUUCCUGCCCUCUUACAUCCGAAUGGCUCCCUGGUCGCUCACCUUCUGGGUCUCCUACGAGGAAAUUCGCAAAUGGACCGGCGCUUCUAGCUUCUAG